AUGGAAUCGAACGUGCAUGACGGAGAGGCGAAUUCGGAGAACCAAGCAUUCUCGGCGAGCGAUAUGCAGAAAUUCGCACGCAUGAUGGCCCAAUUCAACGCGUUUCAAGCACAAGCAUCAAGAUCCAACACGAAUUUGCUGCAAGAUUCGUCUAGUCACUUCUAUUUGCACCCUAGCGAAACUCCUGGAAUUUCACUCACCGAUGCUCCAUUAACCACCUCGAACUACCAUUCGUGGUCAAGGUCAGCGACACUUUCACUCAAUGCGAAGAACAAACUCCGAUUUAUCGACGGAACCCUAGUGAAGCCAGAGAGGGACGACCCUUCCUUCGGAGCCUGGGAUCGCUGUAAUACAUUUGUUCUGUCAUGGCUACACAGAUCUCUCAGUCCAGAAAUUCUCCAGAGCGUCUUAUGGUGCAACAACGCUUACGAGCUAUGGAUGGACCUGAGGCACAGAUUCGAUCAAGGGGACUUGUUCAGAAUAGCAGAUCUGGAAGAAGAAUUGUUUUCGUUGAGACAAGGUGAACUCACCAUCACUUCUUACUAUACUAAGUUGAAGAGUAUUUGGGAGGAAUUAGAUGAGUUUAGACCUAUUGCAAUGUGUUCUUGCCUUCAUAACUGUGAAUGUGGAAAGAAUCUAGAAAUGAUUAAAGAGUACAGAGAGCAGUCCCAUGUAAUUAGGUUCCUUCGAGGAUUGAAUGAUCAAUACGCGAAUGUACGUUCCCAACUCAUGCUUGUAACAUCCCCCCAACUGUAG